AUGUAUUCCGAAUGGAGUUCUCUGCCCCUGGAGGGAGGGGGGCGGGGUGUGCUGGGCGCUGUUGGCGGUAGAGAGGUUGUGCUGGCAGUGGUCAAACAGCUAGCCUCACAUGAACCCAGUCCACUCACUACUGAUGCAGAGGUGGAGUGGGUGCUGGAGGUGAUCAGGUUCGGUCUGUCGCUGCCGCUGCAGGAGCACGAGGCGCUGCGGGACUGCGUGCGCGUGUGCUGCGCGUGGCUGGCGGCGCUGCUGCCGCCGGCGCCGCCCGCGCAGCCGCCGCCGCCCGCCACGCCGCCGCCCGUCGCCGCCGCGCCACACAACUACGCUAGGAAGAUCCUGCGCCAUCUCCACAACUUGUUCGUGCCCAGACCCAAUGAGAGUAAGUCCAAUGUUCUCAGUUCAUCUCAUUACUUAUUUAGUGUUUAA